CAGUUUCACGCGCCUUGCACAUGACGAAAUCGAGCAGCGCCGCUGUAUCUACUCCUGCCUCCCCACCGCCCAGCGUCAAGCAACGCCUAUCGAACUUGAAGAGGCUGGGCGAGUACCUACCCAUGGGACCAAGCAAGAAGUCGAAGCUCAACGAUAAGGCUCCUGCGUCCGAGCCCCAGUUAACGAGAGACGCGCAACCAGCACAGUCUGCGUCAUCAAAGCCGUCUCCAGCGUCUUGUUCCUCGACCAGCCUAGAAUCAAUCCUCCCAAGAAGCAGUACAACCUCAACAAAAGAGUCGGUUAGUACUCAGAAAAGCUGGUAUGGUGGCAGCUGGAGAUCCAAGGCGUCCCCAGUCGUAGCCCAAGUCGCAAGAGAGAAUGUGGGGGCCUUGGGAGGGCCAAAUCAAGAGCUUCCGAAAGAAUCAAAUAGAUCUGCCUCAGGUUCUCCCGCAACACUGUUGUCUAAAAGGCGACCGAGUAAGGGAAACCCUAUUGCUGCUUCGAUGACCAAAGUACAUGUUACAUCAAAUGGAGAUGACGACGGAAUACCAGUGUCAUCCACCAACUCGGGUGCCCCUUCAAAAGAUACUAUGGAGGAACCUCCACUUCCACCAGACCCUACAGUCACAGAGGAGAAGGAAGAUACGAUAGUCGCAGAGAACACAAAUAGAUAUUCCACUGGGAUGUCUAUGCUCACAAGCUGGUGGUCAAGACCUGACGGUUACGAGACCGUAAAAGCUAGACCAGUUGAGUCAAUUGAAGCACAAAGGAUACCGUUACCAGGGAACACGCCGGUGGGUGAGUCAGAAGCAGAAGAUAAGGACUUGAAAACCCAAGAGCCUACCGAUAGCGAGCAUGCAACUGUCGCCACAGAGGGGCAAGCAUCUUCAGAUGUGGUUGCAAGCGAAAAAUCUCAACAGCAGCAGCAACAACAACAAAAUCGGUCCUCGUGGUUCUGGCUUUGGAGUAGAUCGCAGAGCAUACACCAUGAUGGCGAGGUUCAACCAGAAAUAGUUCGGUCUAAAGACGUUACCAAGGAUGGUUCCAAGAUCACCGGCUCUGCCCAGGCUGCAGUGGUAGAACAGCAAAGCAUACAAACGCCACUUGAGCCAGAAUCCCUGACGAAGCAAGUCCAGGCUGAUACGCCUAAAGGUCCGUCGACGAAAUCUACCGGGUGGGCGUUCUGGUCAAGAGAGAAUCCCAAGGCGAAGGAUGACACAGACUCUGUUCACAGGGAGGUUGGUGAGAUAGCUGUUGCCGACACACCAUCACAGAACCAUCCGGAAGCUGCUCAAUUCAAUGAAAGAGAGGAACCCCGGUCUCAAGAGCAUACACCAGCUAAGGCUAGGCCACAUGGAAAGGAUAGCGUGAAGAAAUCCGCCACCAGCAGCACUCCCUCUAUUACGAACCGGGGAAUGAAGCCAAAACCAAUUGAAGACAGCGAUACAGCAGUUCAACCGCCACUCAAAGUCGAGCAGUGCACAAAUUUCGUUCUGCCUGAUUUCCGAAGUACAUAUCAAUUUGCCCAGUCGCCCUCAGUCUGGCAGCAAAUACGUCGUUACUUGUUGGGUGACCAGGAAGAGACUCCCCAUAUAAAACUGCUUCCAUCACCACCUAGAGUCAAGAAGGCUUUAGCUGUAGGUAUUCAUGGCUACUUUCCUACGUCACUCAUACGAUCCAUGAUUGGACAACCAACAGGAACCUCCAUCCGGUUCGCGAACUGUGCAGCCAAUGCAAUUUCAGAGUGGACGCACCAUCAUGGUGGCUAUUCUUGCGAGAUUGAGAAGGUUGCCCUUGAAGGUGAAGGGUUCAUAGCUGAUCGAGUAGAUACGUUGUGGAAGCUGCUGCUUAAUUGGAUUGAACACGUCCGAAAUGCCGACCUCAUCAUGGUAGCGUGCCAUUCUCAAGGCGUGCCUGUUGCGAUCAUGCUGAUCGCGAAGCUGAUAUCAUUCGGAUGUAUAAGCCCAAUGGCAAGGAUAGGUGUAUGCGCUAUGGCGGGAAUCAAUCUUGGUCCCUUUGUCGAAUACAGGACGAGGUAUCUGGGCAGCACCGCUGCAGAAUUGUUCGAAUUCUCCAACCCAAAGAGCACUCAAUCAGCCAAUUACAUGAACGCUAUGCAAGAAGUACUUAAGUUUGGCGUCAAGUUGGUGUACGUCGGUAGCCUGGACGAUCAGCUGGUUUCUUUGGAAUCCUCCACCUUCGCUAACAUCUCGCACCCCUAUAUCUACCGCGCAGUGUUCGUUAACGGGAAAUUGCACGCUCCGGACUUUAUGACACACCUAGUAGGCUUUGUAUUGAAGCUUAGGAACUUGGGCCUUCCCGACCAUGGUCUGAUCCAUGAGCUAUCGCCAGCAUUGGCAGGUUCUCUCUAUUCCGGUGAAGGCCAUUCCCGCAUUCAUGAGGAUUCUUCUGUGUAUUCUCUCGCGGUUUCACACAUCCUCGAAACCACUAAUAUACCCCAUACCGUACCGCUUAUUAUCAAAGACUUCCAAGGCAGUACGAGUAGCAUCAACCCCAAUCCUUACUUUUUGCCUUGGGCGAUGAGAGGACUACUAGAAGAAGAGUUUGUUAGACGCGAACUGGGAAAAGAAGUGGACGAGUUGCUGAGCAUGUUUGAAGCCUGGAAGCCAACAAGCAAGGCAUUGAAAGAUGUCAAAUUCAGGCUGGAAGCUGUGCGGAGUAGACUUUGAAACACAUUGGGAAGGUCGUCGCACACCGGGUGUAGAGAAACGAAAUUUUGGCGUUCAUUUCAUGUUGUUGGAGGAGGCGUCGUAUCACUCAGUCUCGCC